CUUAAACAUAGCAUUUACAACAUGACGGGACACCGUAGCUUUAUUUCAUUUCUUUGUACAUUGUAUAUACUGUUCGGUUCUGCGAAAACCUUGGAAACUAGUCCAACAGUUCCAGAAACAGAUCCGUUGAUAGUGACAUUCCUAGCACGUCUUAUUACUCCAGACUAUGGUUCUAUUGCGGGUAAAGCCACUGUCAAGUUUGAAAAAAUUAUAGAAAAUAUUGGGAGUGCGUACAAUAGUGCAACAGGGAUUUUUACUGCUCCAUCCAAGGGUCUAUAUCAAUUCACAGCAUCGGCAAGACAAAGUCAUAGUGGAUAUUUGCACCUAGGAUUAUUUCGAAACACUGAAGAAAUGGCAGUAUCCGUUGCGUUGAAUUUCAAUUCUCUUACGAUCGGUGCAUCAUUUACACUUGAAUCUGGCGAUAGUGUUUUCGUCAAGAAUAUAUGGACUCAAUCUUCUGGAAUUGUUGGCAGUGGUCAAACGUAUUUUUCUGGCCAUCUUAUACACAAAAUGUAAACAAAAUGCUCAGUAGAUAAAAUGCCAUUUGUUUUUGUAAA